AUGGAGCUGUGGCCGUCCCGGAGCCUGGCGCUGCUGCUGUGCGCCGCCGGGGCGCUGCUCCUGCUGCCCGCCGGGGACCCCGGGAGCUGGGGCCGGGCGCUGCCCCUGCUGCUGCUGGCCGGGGGCGCCGCCCUGCUCCGCCUGUGCGCCCGGCCCCUGGCCCUGCGGCGCGCCCCGGAGCGCGUGGGCUACCUCCCCGAGCCGGGCUGCAGCCGCCGCCAGGCCGCCCGCCGGGCGCGCCGGAGCCGCAGGGCCGGGGACCUGCCGCCCCUCUACCCCAACGGCUGGUUCCGGCUGCUGGACUCGCACGGGCUGCCCCGCGGCGGGGUGCGCAGCCUGGCGGCGCUGGGGGAACAGGUUGCUGUAUUCCGUGCUCUGGAUGGACAAGUGUAUGUAGUCGAUGCCUACUGCCCACACCUGGGUGCGAACCUUGCUGCUGGCGGCCGCGUGGUGGGUAACUGUAUUGAGUGCCCAUUCCACGGGUGGCAGUUUCGGGGAGAAGAUGGAAAAUGCAGUACAAUCCCAUAUGCUGAAAAAGUGCCAGACUUUGCAAAGAUUAAAACAUGGCCCUCCUGUGAAAUAAACGGAAUGAUACUUGUCUGGUAUCACUGUGAUGGUGUCGAUCCAGCGUGGACUGUCCCAGAGCAGGAAGAGAUCACCUCCAAGGAGUGGGUGUAUCGUGGCCACACAGAACAUUUUGUCAAUGCACACAUUCAGGAAAUCCCUGAAAAUGCUGCAGAUUUUGCUCAUCUAACUUUUCUGCACGAACCAGUUUUUAUGAGUGGAGUUGACCUGAGAUACACACACUCCAAGCUGUGGGAGUCUGUGAAGCACUGCUGGAAGGGUGAAUGGCAGCCUGAGCCAGAACCCAACAAGCACUGUUCCCGGUUAAUGGUUAAACACAGUCUAACAGUGUUUGGAAAGCACUUCUCCUGGAUGGAUUUCGCAGUUCGAGCCAGACAGGUGGGGCCGGGGCUGGUCUACCUGACCUUUGAACAUGCUUUCCUGGGCCGUGGGAUCAUUCUGCAGAGCGUGACGCCGGUGGAGCCGCUCCUGCAGCACGUUGUCCAUAGGAUCUAUUACCAGCGAAACAUGCCGGCGGUGAUCCCCAAAUUCAUUCUGAAAGUGGAGUGUGUUCAGUUUGAACGGGAUAUCAUGAUCUGGAACAACAAGCAAUAUCUGUCUAAACCACUGCUGGUAAAAGAAGAUUCCGCGAUCCAAAGGCACAGACGCUGGUUUGCUCAAUUCUACAGUGAGAACAGCACUAGAUUCACUUUCCAAAAGGGUGGAGUGGACUGGUGA